CUGACUACAUACACAUCAUAUCAUACCCGAUUCACGCACAAAAUAUGGAUACUGCGGGUUGCUCUGCCACCCAUUGGUCGCCGAGCCUCACUGCAGCUGUCACAAGGAGGUACAGGGGGAUUUGAGGGGGUGCACAUCUGUAGAAGGAAAUGAGGUUCCGAGGCUUCUGUGCUUCCUGCUUGAUAACAAUGUCUUUGGUUGGAAUUUAGAAAAGAAUAGUUCCCUUAAAAUUCAAAAUGCAGUUUUUAAAAUGAGAAAGCCCACUUUUUAUCGAGCAGUUUUAAUCUACUGUAUCUUGCCGAGAGCUGUAUCUAGUUCAACUAACCAAGCUUGACAAAAGUUGUUUUUUUUUGGUAAAUAGAUCACAAUCUCCAGAUGCAGGACAAAAUAAAUAAGUGAGGCAAAGCUUUCCUGGAACACAAAUUAAGGCACGUAAUACUGUGCAUAGGCUACAUGCAUCAGAGUCUAUUAGAAUGCUGAUAGUUGUUAAGGAUUGUCUUUAUGAGGCAGAGCAACUGCAAUUGACAACACCGUACAUGCAGCAAAACUUUAAGAGCAAUCAGUCUCCUGGAGAAAAAGAGGAUAAUUUUAGAGGAACAAAGCAAGUAAAUAAGCAAAAGUUAGCCAUGUAAAUUCCAGAAACACAAACAUUAAUAGACAGAAAAUAGUGGAGAGGCCUCUUUCCAGAAUCUACUGGGGAAGCAGCUUUUUUACAACCCUGAGGCUCCGGUAAUUGCAAUACAAUGCGACAAAUGUUCAACAUUUUUCAUGUAGGCCACUUGUAUAAUAUACACACCCAAGAUUUGUAGAUUUGUGAUGUUGACAUGCACUUUUUACACACAGAAUAUGACAACAGUUAAUUAUAACAUAAAAUUAAAGAUCAUUUGAGCAAAUGUGUUGUUUGGUAAACUACUGUAAGUUUCGAUUUAUUUGGGUUGAUAGGGAACACUUUAUCUGACAGUGGCGUCAUAAGACCGUCAUGAUUAUGACAUGACAAUAUCAUGGGCAUUACUGAAUGCUUAUGACAGAUGUCAUUAAGUGUCAUCCAGCAAAUUAUUACACUAACUCCGUUUAUGUCCAGCUCGGAUCUUUUACAUCAAUUCAAAAGUGAGAUAAUUUGCUGGAUGACAUUCAAUAACAUCUGUUAUAAGCAUUCAUUAAUGCUCAUGACGGUGUCAUGUCAUAAUUAUGAUUGUCUUAUGGUGCCACUGUCAAAUAAAGUGUUACCAAAUACCAUAACUAGCAAUCAGUGAAACAACUGGAACAAUAACUGAAGAAAUAAUUAGCACAGAACAUGAAUUUUGAUUGUUAAUUACAUCUGUAGUGCUGCAAUGCAUGCUAGGAGGCAAGUUGGCUGUGUUGACAGCAGGAAGCAGCAGAUGUUGACUGUCUCUCCCAAGGGAGCAGUGAUGGCCAAAUGAAGCUUCUUGAAGCAAUGAAGCUUUGCAGCUAAUUGUUUCAAAGCUUCAUGGUGGUUCAUUUGGUCUUAUGACAGUCUUAUGACGCCAUUGUCAAAUAAAUUGUUACUGGUUAAUAUCUUUUGGUGUAAAUAUAGUAUAAUAAAAUGAGGACAGCUGCGGCUUAUAGUCCAGUGCGGCUUAUCAAUGAACAAAUGUCGUUUUCGUGUCAAAUUUGGUGGGGCACGGCUUAUAGUCAGGUGCACUUUAUAGUAUGAAAAUUACGGUAGUAACGUUUUUAAUUAAUCAGCACUCCUGACAUGGCUCUCACUUUCAAAAAAGGGUGGUGACCUCUGACUUCAGGUAACAUAGUCUUUACUACUACCAAGUUCCUCUGAGAUACUCUUUAUGGCCUUCCCUUGGUGCUGGUGUUUUGGUUAGCAACAGAGUUCAAAUGAGCUCAGCAGUAAACUCUUUAUUGUGUGAACAGCGUUAAAAGCCUUUAAAAAUGAAAAUCAAUGCGGCCUGAGUCAUCAUCACAUUGUAGGUGUUAUGGCAUAGUUGCACUGUUGCUCACUGCGUCGCCCACACGCACAUACACACACACACAUUCUCGAGAUCAUUACAAAAUAUGAGAGAUGGAAAAAAAACAAAUAAGUACUUGCAAGUACAAAGCGCUAAUACUUAUGAGUCCCGCGGGUCUGCAACAUGAUCCGAUAGUAGUAUAGAGGAGACCAUCUGUGCAGCUGUGAUUUAUUCACCGGGCCUUUAUGGAGACUUUAAAGAAGACAGAGGAGAUGCCGUCAAAAAAACAAGAGCCCUCUUUAUGAAUGCGCAUGCACACACACACACAAUCACACGCCAUAAAGAAGGGCUCUUGUUUUUUUGAUGUUGUAUCCAGCAUGUGUCCUGGGGUCAACACAAACGCACGUAGAGGGGAGGGGUAAAGGUAUGUUGGAUCAUGUCCACAUAACAACAAGGCUUUCUUUUAUCUUAGCUGGUGAAAACGAUGUUUUCGGACGGAAAGUAUUGGGAUGCCUACAGGAAGUGAAAAGUGAAGAAAAUGUUGCGUUUGGACAAAAUAGUGGGACACACAAACAGAAUGUAAAAGAGCUGCAAAUUUGGAGUUUGGGCCAAAAUAUUUGAAUGCUAACAGGAGGUAAAUUAAAAAAAAACUGAAGUCAAUAUGAGUUUUCAACAAAUUUAUCAUGACACUUAGUGAUUGUAGAAAAAGUACAUUUUGGACACAAGUAUCGGGAUGCGAAUGAAAGAAAUGUUAGUUUGGAUGUUUGUGGACAUCACCUGUAAUGUAUAUGAAAUGUUAUUUGUUCUGUAAAAUGGGUUAAAGGGCAGCUUCAGCUUAGCUUUUUUUUUUGUUUUUUUGCACUCCGUUAAUAGUCCCUUUCCAAACCUGGAAGUGUGACGUAAAUUCCAGAACGCAACAGAAGACUGUCCACAGCGAGCAUUGCAGCAGCAACGAUAUCAGUGAUAUUUCCACCGAAAGUAACCAUUCAGAAUCGCUCUUUUGUGACGCUAAUGAUGGCUAUAGCCAGGUGUGAUAGUGGACCAGAACGGUCAGGAACGCAGUUCCGGUAUAACAUUCAGGGCCAGAACGCAGUUCCGGUAUAAGAUUCAGGGUCGGAAUGCUAUUCCAGUACACGGUGCUUUGAUUUCCAAAAUAUGACGGCAUCUGUCAAAACGCUAUGUAAAAAAAAAAAUUAUAAGCUGCCACACAUGCAUUUCAUCUCCAAGAAGAAAAUCUACCAACAUCAGAUUUACAUACAGAAGUGUUAACAACAAGCAUGAUAAAGUGCUUGUGUAGCGUAAUCCAUUUCCCCCAAUAUUUAUUAUUGAUUUUAUUCCACGGAUGGCAUGGAAGUUUCCCCAGCUGCUGCAGUUAGCUCUCAUUGGUUCAAAUGUGCAUGUUUUCUGGAACAGCAAAAAAAAAAAAAAAAAAAUUGUUGAAUUGAUGCGACAAAAAAGGGCAAUGCAACAUAAAUUGGAUCAAAUCUUUAAGAGCAACGAAAGAGUUGGGGAGGCUUAUUUAUCAUAUUUUGUUUUAUGUGCUCUGAUGGGGAGGUUCCGAACAUCUUAGCUGCCAGUGUACACUUUGGACUUGUAUUUGUUAAUUUAUGUUAGGCUAUUUAGUCAUUUCCUUUUGAUUUAAAAAAAAGUCAACGUUUGCGUGAUCUUCAAAAUAUAUUCCAUUUCACUCUGCAUAAUACAAGUCAUUUGUAGUUAUUUUUCUGAAUGUAUGUUACUUAUAUCUUUAUUAUUAAAAACAAAAGUAAAUGUUUACAUUAACUUUCAUUCUAAUAUACAUUCUAUGUUCUUAAGUAGUUAAAAUUGAGAUUUGGCAUUUAAUAUGUGAAGAAAUGAGGGAAAAAUAAAAAUUAGGAGAUGGAGGUUGGGGUUGUUGCUGUUUUUGUUAACUUUUAUUUUGCAAAUCAUUGAAAAAAUACAAUUUUGAAUGAAAAUCAGUUUUUGUAUGUUUUAUAGAAAUAGCUGUGUUAAAACAGUUUUCUUUGCAUUUCAGUAGUUUAAGAGGUUUGAAAAAAAAAAAAAGAAUAAAUAACAUUUCUGGCUCCGUGGCGACUUUCACAUCGGGGUGUUCCGGCAAGAAAUUCUAGCCACUUUACAACCCUGGCUAUAUCUCCCAGGAUAGAAUAUCUACAAUUAAUCCCUACAUUUUUUAACCUGAGGCGGCAGAUGACGCCGAUUUACUCAGCACAGCAGACGUUGGUAAUGACGCCGGUUGGCAGCUCCAACUUCGCAAAAGAAAGAGUGGUAGGCCUAUGUCCAGCAUCGUGAUUUCUUUCCGCAGUCAUUCUGAGAUAUAAUUAUCAGUAAUUGCAAAAACAGACGAGUAGUUAUAUAGAUCUAGUUAUAAAUGUAUCAAAUUGACAUGAAUAAUAAGGCUGUCGCCAAUGAUUGUUUCUCCCGAUUAGUCGGCAGACUUUUUUAUCGAUUAGUCGACUAGUCUAAUAAUUUUUUUAAACUUGUUUUUUCUUACUAAUCUUGCAAUUGAAUUUUUGUUGACGAUUAUUAAUUCACAAUAACAUUUGGAACACUUAAAUUCUUUAUUAAAGUACAAAUAAACACAUAAAUAAUAAUAAUAAAUCACAAAUAAACAAUGAGGUCAAAUGCUAAUGGCAUUAACUAGUGCAAAAGAAUGGAAUGUAAACAGAUUCAGAACACUGUGACUUCACUUUUCCAACAGUAUUCAAAACAAUUCUUACUUUCUCUUUUUGUGGAAUGUCUAUAUUGUUCCCAGCAUUAGAAUGAGCACCAUCAGAGUAGAUAAAUUAAUGUCACGCAUCACCUGAGUGAAGUACGUGGGAAAAACUUAAUGAUGCAUAUUUAUACGACGCUACGACGGAGUUUUAGGGCCAAAUAAAUAAAUUUUUAAAAAAGAAUGAGAUUUAAGUCGAAAUAUUGCUACGAAAAACAAAAAGUCGCAUUAUUACUAGGGCUGUCAAACUAUUAAAAAUUUUAAUCGAGUUAAUCACAGUUUAAAAAUUAAUUAAUUGUAAUUAAUUGCAAUUCAAACCAUCUAUAAAAUAUGCCAUAUUUUUUCUGUAAAUUAUUGUUGGAAUGGAAAGAUAAGACACAAGACGGAUAUAUACAUUCAACAUACUGUACAUAAGUUCUGUAUUUGUUAUUAUAACAAUAAAUCAACAAGAUGGCAUUAACAUUAACAUUCUGUUAAAGCGAUCCAUGGAUGGAAAGACUUGUAGUUCUUAAAAGAUAAAUGUUAGUACAAGUUAUAGAAACUUUAUAUUAAAACCCCUCUUAAUGUUUUCGUUUUAAUAAAAUUUGUAAAAUUUUCAAUCAAAAAAUAAACUAGUAGCUCGGCAUUGUAUAUUACAAAAUUCUCAUGGUGCUUAAAUAAAAUCAGUCGCACCAAAGCGCCAGCAGAGGGAGACAAAAAACACAAGUAACAAGUGGCCAUGACAGUGUGCUGUCAUUUUAGUCUGUUUUAGCGGGGCAUGGGCGUUAAUUGCGUCAAAUAUUUUAACGUGAUUAAUUAAACAAUUAUUUACUGCCCGUUAACGCGAUAAUUUUGACAGCCCUAAUUAUUGCGUCGGGUUAAUGUAGCUGUGAGACGCUACGCACUUUACAUACAUGUACUUUAACUGGGACUAUGACAAAGCAAUAAUAUAAAUUCUUUUAUUGAUUACAAUUUGAUGUAGAUGAAGCAAAAUAAUAAGGAUUUCCUUAUUUGUAAAACAGAUUCUAAAACGCAAGAUGCAUUCAAUUUUGUUAAUUUUAACGCAGGCGGAAAUGCGCUACGUAAAGUACAUUGUUAUGAACGGCAAGCCGUUAAUGUGGAUCCAAAACACAGACCAGGAGAUCAGUAGAGUAAAUGUUUGUAUUUAAUAAGUACAACAAAGGGAGCACGCUAACAAACGCGAGUUUAACAAGAACAACUAAGAGAGCACGCUAACAAACGCGAGUUUAACAAGAACAACUAAGAGAGCACGCUAACAAACGCGAGUUUAACAAGAACAACUAAGAGAGCACGUUAACAAACGCGAGUUUAACAAGUGCAACCAAGAGAGCACGCUAGAAUGCAUGAAUAUAACAGAGUACAAGAAUCUAACUACAAUGCCCAAAAGAGCACUAACGUAAAGAUGACCAAACCAAAAUACAACCGUAGAACGUCGGGAAACUCGAAGGCUGACGAUGAACACACAGGCGGUAAGCAAGGCAAGUAGCAAGCAAUAAUCCGACACUUGCAGAUGGUGACAGGCUUCCUUAAAUAUUGAGCCUUCCUAAUGCAGCACAGGUGUGUCACGUUACCCCGCCCAGCUGGCUCAAUCAGGUGCUGAAUACAGGAAAAUGAACUGAGAAUACAAACAAUCAUGACAUACAUAGCUGCUUAUUCAGCUACAUCAGCCCGACAUUAGCCCCUAAUACUCUGUUGUACGACCCACGUGAAGGUAACUUCAAUAAAAAAAUGUCAUUUUUUUGGACUUACAAUCUGCCAGCUUGUUGUCUCCUUUCGUCUUCGAAAAUUAUGCCUGGGUGACGACACUUCAGGUGUUCAUUCACGGCAACGUGCUGCCGUGGUAAGCAAGCUUGGCACAUGGGGAUGACGAUAGCUCCUUUGCUGGGUUGCGGGAGGAGGGAUGAGCUGCGCUGGUCCUCCUCCCCCGGGCUGGCUGGGUGGGGGCCGUGGCCCUGGGUUGGCGCACACGCAGUGUCUCCACUCAUUUAUGUGGCUGUCGCGUGUUUGGUGGGGCUUGCGCGCGGCUGGGUGUGAUUGGGUGGGGGAUCGCCCGGAUUGGCGAUGGGGCGGCGUAGGGUCGGCUGCUAACGGGCUUACACUCACAAGGGAUUCACACGAUUACUGGUUUCUAGAUCACAGAGCUGAUUUGUGUACACUCCACCACUCCCAAUCACUUAGCUUAUAGACUUCCCCACCCCGCUCCCCUUCUUUCCUUGGUCAACAGGCCCCCAGCAUGGUGUCAACCGGAAAUACAUCUAGCUAACGAUAGCACCAACAUAUUCAUAGUUAGUGUAGGCGUUCAAUGUAUUUAUUGUUUGUGUUUGUUUUCUUUCUUUUCUUGUGUUUCUUAUCUUUGCUUCUGUUCCUCCAUAAGCCCUUCCUGUUCGCUGCUUUGUCAUAAUAAACGAGGUAUGUUGAAUGAUCACAAUGGGAGUAGGUCAUACUCUCAUUGUGAAACAUUAAAACUGUUCAGACCAUCUGGGCACUUAGACUUCCAUUCUCCGUGUCAAACAGCUGAACAGGACAGGUUUAAAAUAAAAAAAAAAAAGAAAGAAAGAAGUCCAUACUUUGGUCCCUUUGGUGCACUUUUUGGGCUUUGUGCCACUUUCCCCGCUUGAAUCCCGAGCAUCCACUAUUCUCAACUUUCGACGCAUCAAUUUUUUUAACCAUUUAUUAACCGUCGACCGAAUGGUGUGCUCGUCAACGCAUUUCCGUCGACUGGUCGGGACAGCUUUGAUUAAUAGACAACCUGUCAGUUGUCCUAUGACAGGCAUGCAACAACAACAAAAAACAGGUCACGAUCAAGUAUUAAAUGUAUCAAAUUGCCAGUAAGGGCUUACUUACAUCUUUGAAAAAUCAAGGUUGUAUGUAUCCUCCUAGGCUUUCAAAUUUGUCGUCGCUGAAAUGUUGAAAACAAAGACGCGAUCGAGGAGCCGGGGAGAAGUUAUUCCGCUUGACUCUCACAAAAGAUGUCCAAAUCCUUGCAGAAGAAGGUUUUAUGGGCCACUCAUAGCCUUCGUGUGAGCAAUUCAUCGUUACACAUCGAGAUGGCAUGAUGAAUCUCGCGAGUAAAACACAGAAAAUGUUUGCAAUAUAUUGCAAGCAUAGCGUGGUGCUAUAGUUUCGUAUUGGCGUUCUGGCGAGGUCUUCGGGAAUUGACGUCAUCAGGCAGCGGCCGGCAGCGAGGCAAGUCACUCGUUGCUAAGGUGUUGCUAUGGCGUAACUCAAAACCUACGCGGUCAAGUAAAAAAAAAUUGGGUAAUGUGGGUUUUGAGACAGCGAAUGAUGCAUUUAAUACAAUUUAACACAGUAAAACGCUCAUGAAUUAAAGUCUUCACCUGCCGUUAAGAUAGCAAAAAGAAGUGAUAGAUUUAGAUGAAAAAGUUUUGUCUUGUACAUAACGUAAACGGGGGAAAGAAUCGUGUCUAGGGUGUGAAAAGUGAAAAUGUAUAAUGUGCAAAAAGUGUUGAGAAUGGUUAUUGAGUGUUUUGAACUAAAGGACCCUCAUGUCUCAAUAGUGUAUUUUCUGUGUGUUACGAGCGUUUUUUUCCCCCCCGCAAAUUUUGCAAUUCCGAUGAACUUUGAGUCUAUUUACUUUGCUGUUUGAGUCUGAUGUACUGUGUGAUGAUUCCAGCCCACCCAGCAGCUCCAUGCUGUGUGGUUUUAGAAGGCCUCCUUCAUGAUUACAUUGUUGUGUGUUAGUGUUGGAUGAUAAAGGCAACGUGUAGCUCGAAGCUCUCUGACUUGGCGGCACUGCCGUUGUUUUUGGGAGUGAGUCAAACGUUCCAAAUAUGUCUGCGGAGAAAGAGGGGUGGGGGUGUAAAGACAAGAGAAUGUACGAUUACGUUGAAGUGUACAACGGCGAGGAUGAGCUUGCACCCAUGUUGGGCAAGUUCUGUGGCAAAAUCGCGCCCUCGCCAAUCAUCUCCAGCGGCAGCCAACUCCUCAUCAAAUUCGUCUCCGACUACGAGACGCAUGGAGCCGGUUUCUCUGUGCGCUACGAAGUCUUCAAGACAGGUCAGGAAUGUUCCAGAAACUUCACCGCUCCCUCGGGGGUCAUCAGGACGCCCGGCUACCCCGACAAGUACCCCAACAACCUGGAGUGCACCUUCAUGAUCUUUGCCCCCAAGAUGUCAGAGAUCUUGGUGGAGUUCGACAGCUUCGACAUGGAACCUGACACCACGCCGCCACCGGGGGCACUGUGCCGCUAUGACUGGCUGGAGAUUUGGGACGGGUACCCAGCAGUGGGUCCUCACAUCGGGCGCUACUGUGGGCAGAAUUCUCCAGGUCGUGUGCUCUCCUACACUGGCAUCCUGUCCAUGACAAUCACCACCGACAUAGCUAUCAGCAAGGAUGGCUUCUCUGCUAACUACACCAUCAGGGACACCGGCCUCCCCCAUGGAAACAGAUUGGAAGCAGACUUCUCCUGCACCGAGCCUCUGGGCAUGGAGUCGGGCGAGAUUUCCUCGGAGCAGAUCACCGCCUCCUCGCAGUACAACAGCAAUUGGUCGCCAGAGCGCUCACGCCUCAACUAUCGCGAGAACGGUUGGACGCCGUCGGACGACACCAUACGUGAGUGGAUACAGGUGGACCUGGGCUUUCUGAGGUUCAUCACAGCCAUUAGCACCCAAGGAGCCAUCUCCAAAGAGACCAAGAAGCACUACUUUGUUCGUUCCUACAAGGUGGACCUGAGUUCUAAUGGAGAGGACUGGGUCACAGUGAAGGAUGGCUCCAAACAAAAGAUCUUUCAGGGUAACCACAACCCAACAGACGAAGUUCGUGCCUUCUUGCCUAAGCAGACUCUCGCCCGCUAUGUUCGCAUCCGGCCCAUGUCCUGGGAACAAGGCAUCUGCAUGCGUUUCGAGCUCUACGGCUGCAGAACCUCAGACUACCCAUGUUCGGGAAUGCUGGGCAUGUUGUCCGGCCAGAUCUCGGACGGCCAGAUCAGCGCCUCAUCCUAUGCCAACCGGGGCUGGGUCGCCGAGAACGCCCGUUUGUUGACGGGCAGGUCAGGAUGGACGGGCCAUCAGACCAAGCAACCCUUCAGGAACGAAUGGCUACAGGUGGACCUGGGCCAGGAAAAAAUGGUGAGCGGCGUGGUGAUUCAGGGUGGAAAACACUACGACAAGAAUGUCUUCAUGAAGAAGUUCAAGGUGGGAUACAGUCUAGACGGAGAAGACUGGUCCCUCAUCAAUGAAGACAACACCACCAAGCCCAAGGUGUUCUCCGGCAACCAGAACCACGACACACCUGAGCUGCGGUCACUGGGUCCUGUGCUGACCCGUUACGUCCGGAUUUACCCGGAGAGAGCCACUAUGGAGGGGGUAGGCCUCCGACUGGAGUUGCUGGGCUGUGAACUGGAUGAAAUCACACCCACGGCCUCGCCUACCACGCCAGUCAGCUCCGCACUUCCUUCUAGCACAAUGGUAGUGACCACCACAUGGUCCCAAACGGUGCCCUUCACCACCUGGCACAGCAACACCGAUUCAAAGGCUCCCGAAGACGACAACUCGGUGACAGGAGGUGUCACACCCGCUGACCCCGUGGUGGACUUCAUCCCAGACUACUUGUGGUUCGCCUGCAAUUUUGACUUUGCCUCCUUCUGCGGUUGGACCACGGAUGCGGGUUCGGGUGCCGAGUGGCUGAUCCAGACUGGCUCGGGAACUUCGGCCGCACGCAGGGCGCCCACGCUGGACCACACGGGCCGCGCUGGAAACUUCAUCCUGAUGCAUCUGACCGCCUCACCGUUCCGAAGGGAUGGAGAGGAUGCAGAGCGGGUGGCCAGGCUGUCCAGUCUGCCCGUGACGGCGCCCCACGCCGACCUGUGCGUGUCCUUCUGGUACCACAUGCUGGGCCAGCACCCCGGGGUGCUCCGCAUCAGACAGGAGGCAGAUCAGGAGCAAGACGAAGGGAGGGGGAGCAUCCUGUGGACAGUCAGCGGACACCAAGGAGCGCGAUGGAGAGAAGGACGAGUUUUACUACCCAGAUCCAGCCAAUCUUAUAGAGUGGUGGUGGAGGGCGUGGCGGACAGACAGAGCACAGGUCACAUGGCCGUGGACGACAUCCGCAUUCUGGACGCGCUCGACACAGACCGCUGCAAAGAUCCGCAAGUUCCUGCUUCUCCUCCCACGCAGAUCAUCAUCCUACCGAUGGACUCGUUGGGGGAAGAGUCCGGUGAGCCAAGCGUCGUAAGCGAGGCGGACGACGCACUGAAGACGCUGGACCCCAUCCUGAUCACUAUCAUUGCCAUGUCCGCCCUCGGCGUCCUGGUGGGCGCCGUUUGUGGCGUGGUACUUUACUGCGCCUGCUCGCAUGCCGCGAUGGCCGAGCGCAACCUGUCGGCGCUGGAGAACUACAACUUCGAGCUGGUGGACGGCGUCAAGCUGAAGAAAGACAAGAUCAAUGCACACGUCAAUUACUCGGAGGCGUGAUGAGCAUGGCAUCGGACUUUGGAAGCGGCGCGUUUCUUUCUCAGGAGCUGCAGUGAUACAGACUGACCUGCAGGAGGCACUGUGUACAAACUGUACAGCAAAAAAGAUGAAGAAGAUCUAUUUGUUUUGUUGAUUUUCUCAUGCUGGUGACGAGACCAAGUCACAAGUGUGAGGUAUGAGUGUGCGUGCGCGUACGUGUGUGUGUGUUCUAACAGUGCCUUUUUCCCGCCACUUUUUCGAUUUUUUUUUUUUUUUUUUUUU